UUUCCAUAAGCUAUGGACAUUUGUACCUCCUAUUUGUUUUGGGUCAUACUCUCCUACAAUUACAAAAACCCCAGAAGCAAAUUAGCUUCAGAAGUCCAAGAAGAUGAAGCAAAUGGAAGUGGAAAAUGUGGGUGGUGGUGUAAAAGCAGGGAGCCCUCCGCCACCACCACCACCACCACCACUACCACCACUACCAAAAUUCUGGGUUGCCAAAAAACCAGUAGUUAAGAGUGUAACAAACCAAGAAAUUGCGCAGUUCUGGAGGCAAAGGCACAUGGAUGAAGAAGAUCACCUUCUUGCUGCUAUCAAGGCUGCAGCACGUAUCAGGGCUCAGAAUCUUAAGGAGGAUGACUACAGGCACUUUGAAGAGUUUUUGAAAGACUAUGACAUCAGUGGAAAAAAUAGUGUCACCGCCACGACCAACUGCUGUAGCAAAAAAGAUGAGUUGCAUGUGGGGAUAAAGGAUUGGUGGACAAAGAGCAAGUAUGCAUACUUAAACCAACCGACCAUUGAAUCUAUGGAUAUACCAAAGAGGCGAACCAUAACAUACAUUCCAAAUUUUUGUUUUUGUAGGCCCCCUCCUCCACGAUCUGCCUCUCUUGGCAUCUUUUAGGCCUUCACCAUAGAACUAUACAUUUGAAUUGCCUCGAUUGACUUGUCUUUCCUAAUAAUUUAUGUGAAAGCCUUUACUUGCACCUUUGUUUGUAUGCUUUAUUGUUAGGGUUAUCUACUUUUCAAACCAUGUCCUAAAAAUAUAUAUUAGAAAAUGUCAUUUAUAUCUUUUUAAA